ACACACUACAAACAGAGAAAUCUACUGACAUUGCGCCAUGACAUGCCCUCGAGGAUUCCAGCCUACUGACCACUCCGGAUCUGGUCCUGACCGACUAGGUUGUUCUUCGGACAAAUAUGCAUGGACCGUGGCACCUCGACACCCAAAUAAUGUCCCUAUGGUGUCAUUCCUGUUUCUCGAAUGCUUGUCUUGUGAAUGGCAGGCCACUCCGGACCUGAUAAUGCUUCUGUUGGCCCCAUCGGGAUCCACAGAUGCCCAAACUUGGGGCUCCGGGGUGAGCAUCUGUGCGCGAACGUUGUUCAUAUGCGUGGCGUACGGGGUACUCCGAGAGAUCCGUGUGAAAAUGAUAUGUGCCGUUUGGCACGGUCCUUGCGAUAUCGACAAACUGAGACGACUCGAAACCGGAUGUCUCGUCAUUGCUGGCGGGUGGGUAAUGAUGGGGAAUGAUGCCAUGAGGCGGGAUAGUACGUUUGCUAUCUGCCAGCGAGCGUCGGGGUAUAUUCUGUUUCCGAUAGAUGUUUGGCUUCCAGAUUUAUUAGGCCUUGUUUACAUAGGCUGACAAGGUACUACGGCAAUAGCUGGUUCUGGGCCAUCGUGGUCCUCUUGCGCUGAAAUUGGACUGGGUACUACUGUUGCAAUGCUAAGAAUACACAGUCGUAUCCUUCAGCCAUGAUGGUGCUUUACUCCCUCAAAG